GAGAGCGUUAUCCCUCUCUAACUCUCUCUAUAGUUUCUCUCUCUAAUUCUCUAUGUAGUUUCUCUCUCUGAAUCUCGUCUCUAUCUCAUACCAGUUGUUUUCGGGUUUUAUCUCUUAUUUCUAGGUUUUUGCUCCAUGGCCUUUGUUAAAGCUCAGAAGACAAAGGCCUACUUUAAGAGGUUUCAGGUCAAAUUUAAGAGAAGGAGAGAGGGAAAGACUGAUUACAGAGCCAGAAUUAGGCUUAUUAACCAGGACAAGAAUAAGUACAACACUCCCAAAUACCGAUUUGUUGUACGAUUUACCAACAAGGAUAUAAUUGCUCAAAUUAUAUCUGCUAGUAUCGCUGGAGAUCUUGUGCUCGCUUCUUCCUAUGCGCAUGAACUGCCUCGAUAUGGGCUCGAAGUGGGCCUCACAAACUAUGCUGCAGCCUACUGCACUGGUUUGUUGCUGGCUCGUCGUGUGUUGAAGCAGCUUGAGAUGGACAGCGAGUAUGAGGGCAAUGUGGAGGCCACUGGAGAGGAUUACUCAGUUGAGCCUGCUGAGAGUAGGAGGCCAUUCAGGGCUUUACUUGAUGUUGGCCUUGUGAAAACUACAACAGGGAAUCGUGUGUUUGGUGCACUAAAGGGUGCUUUGGAUGGUGGGCUUGACAUUCCUCACAGUGACAAGAGAUUUGCAGGGUAUAGCAAGGAUGACAAGUCCCUAGACGCUGAGGUCCACCGCAAGUAUAUCUAUGGUGGCCAUGUUGCAGCUUACAUGUCGAUGUUGAGGGAAGAUGAACCAGAGAAGUAUCAGUCUCAUUUUGUUGAGUAUCUCAAGAGGGAAAUUGAGCCUGAAAGCAUAGAAGAAAUGUACAAGAAGGUUCAUACCGCCAUAAGGGCAGACCCAAGUUCUGUGAAGAAGAAGCCUGCUCCAAAGGAGCACAAACGUUAUAAUCUGAAGAAAUUGACCUAUGAGGAGAGGAAGGCCAAGCUGGUGGAGCGUUUGAAUGCUUUGAAUUCGGCAGCAGGAGACGAUGAUGAGGAUGAAGAGUAGAUAUAUAAUUCCAAAAGCUGAAGUUUUGGUAUUCUCACUUUUUUUUGACAUUAUCAGUAUUUCAUCUUCUAGGAUGCCUUUUUUGUUUUUCUAUAUUAUCCUUUUGUUUGAGAGCAAGACACAGAUUGUUUCGGAUUUCAGAUAUUUCCAGAGAGCAGUUGAAUGUCUUUUCAAUGUUGGGCUGAUAGACUUGAAUUAUAGGUUUGAUAUGCAUUAGUUUAUGCAUCUCAACUUCAUUUAGAAUUUGCUUUUUUACCAAUUCUUGUUCCUAGUGUUUUCUGGAGAGAGAUUUUGUAUAUUUUCAUGUUUUGGAGAGAGGCAGAGGGGUUUUGAGA